UUGCAUUGCAUGGCGAUACAAUAAAAUAAUUUUUCAAAGUAUCCUGCAAGAUAAUGUAAUGAAAUUUUACUAACAUGCAAUGUAAUUUUUAUUUAAUUGAUGAUAAAAAAAAUCAGGGUCACAGGAAACUCCAGUUCAGGCAAGGCAUGAGUCACAGUUGUUGAAGAAUUUAAUGGAGGAAAAGAAUAAGAAAAAGAUGAAGAAGAAGAAGGAGGUGUUUGUUGAAGAAGGGCAUGUGAAGGGAGCAGAAGAAAGAGGUGAAGAAGAUGAGAUUGGGAGGACAAAGAGCUUGACAGAUGAUGAUCUGGAGGAGCUAAAGGGGUGUUUGGAUCUGGGGUUUGGGUUCAAUUAUGAAGAAAUCCCAGAGCUGUGCAACACCUUGCCUGCCCUUGAGCUUUGCUACUCCAUGAGCCAAAAGUACCAACACAACCCCCUCACUACUCCACACUCUCUUCCCAAUUGGAAGAUCUCUAGCCCUGGGGAUGAUCCAGAAGAGGUGAAAGCAAGGCUUAAAUACUGGGCACAGGCAACUGUGUGCACUGUCAGAUUAUGCAGCAGCAGCAGCAGCCAGAAGAGAGAACAUCACAAGUGUUGAGUGAUUAUACAAUACAUAUUCUACAUGUAU